AUGUUCUUCCCAGCUGCUUACCUACUGUCCCUCCUGCUGGUGAUGGGCACAAGGGACACCGUGCUCAGCACGCAGGCUCCUCCCCGAGGCUGCUACAUGGCUGAGGAAGCAGGUGAGCGGACCUUCCGCUGCAGCCAGGCGGGCCUGAGUACUGUGCCCCCAGGCAUCCCCAACAACACCCGCAAGCUCUACCUGGAUGCCAAUCAGCUGGCGUCGGUGCCCGCCGGUGCCUUCCGGCACCUGUCCAUCCUGGAGGAGCUGGACCUGUCGCACAAUGUCCUCGCCCACCUCUCAGGGGCCGCCUUCCAGGGCCUGGCGGGCACACUGCGCCACCUUGACCUCUCUGCCAACCGGCUGGCCUCUGUGCCCGCAGAGGCCUUUGUGGGGCUGCAGAUCCAGGUGAACCUGUCCGCCAACCCGUGGCACUGCGACUGUGCCCUGCAGGAAGUCCUCAGGCAGGUGAGGCUGGCGCCAGGCACAGGGACAGGCAUUGUGUGUGGCUCCGGAGCCCGACCAGACCUCGUGGGGCAGGAGUUCCUGCUGCUGGCCAGGGAGGAAGAGCUGUGUGGCACGGGGCACGGUGGGGCCCAGCGCAGCACUGAUGUGGCCCUGCUGGUCACCAUGGGGGGCUGGCUGGCACUGGUGGUAGCCUACCUAGCCCACUACAUGUGGCAGAACCGCGACGAGAGCCGACGUCCACUCAAACGGGCACCUGUGCUGCUGCCUGUGCGCUCAGAAGACUCAUCCACCCUCAGCACAGUGCUGUAA